UGCGCCUUUCGUGCACGAGACACUGCUGAUUCUGCUGAUUCUGCGAUCGACUGCCUUUUUUCCUUUUUCUUCUGCACUGUCCACCACACCAACCAACCACCAUCGUCAACCCCUUGCUUGCUCUCAUCAUCAGACCUGCCAACACCCGCACCGACACACCAACACACCAACACGAGCACUACCACCACCAAAGCCGAUGGUGGAAGAAGAUUCUAACCAACCAGCUGUGCCGCAGCAGCAACAUGCGGCGGAGCGAGACCUGCUGUACAAGGCGUUUGCGGAAGUGAGCGUGGCAUACACGGAUGUGACGGGCCAGUUUGGUGUUACACCGGCAUGCCCGUCAUGCAUUGACGUUUCCGCCCUCGUCAACUACGCCAUCAACCUCAACCUGGAGAAGCUCGGCGCGGAGUCCGCCGUGGACAUCAAGCCCGAGGAGGAGGAGGCUCUCCUGCACAAGGUGCAAUGGCUCCUGGUCGUCCAUUACGUGGAGAACAUUGUGGAGCAGUUCCACACCAACGGCGUGCCUUUCAACCUCAUCAUCUUUGAGAACAAGGCCGCCGCAGUGCCGAGCGCUCGGGCCGCACUGCACGCCGCAGUGCUCGCGCACCUCCAGCACAACACCGAGCUGAACGUGCAGGUGGUGCCCUCCCCGCACAGCGAGGCCUGGGCCCACUUUGUGGAGCUCAAGCUGCCCUCCAUGCUCAUCACAGAGUACCCAAAGACCAUGGACACAGAGUACCACACGCAGUGCUACGCCAACCUGUGGUGCCUCACCCACGACGCCGUCCCUGUCGUGCUCUUUGACCACAUGGAGAACCACAACCCGCGCUUCACGGGCUACCACCUCGACCCGCGCGCCCUCGACACCGUGGACGAGCAUCUCACGGAGGCCGUGCGCGUUCUCAUCAAAGAGAGUGUCCCGGCGGCCAACAUCGUCAUGCAGGACGUCGCGGAGCUGCACCGCCUCGUCCCCGACGGCGUCAACGCCGCCAAGACCAUCGCGCUUGCCGGCGCGCUUGCGGAGGCCGACCUGAAGUCGCCCGAGGAGCGGACCAUCGGCGCCCUCUUCUUCCUGCAAGGCCUCUUCACAGACGCCCUCAAGCUCGAGGACAUGUGCUUCCGCGGCGUCGUCCUGCCCACAGACGCCUCUAAGACCACCCAGGCAUGCCCUGCGAUCGUCACGCGCCUCAUUGAGCAGAUGCGCCUCUUCCCGCAGCACCAGGACGGCCUCGCCCCCACCCACUACGAUGGCAAGGUCCUCCACACCAUGCUGGCAUACGCCCACUUGCCCGGCAGCCAGCCGGCCACCAUUGGCAGCAUCGCAGCAACGUUCACCGUUGCUGACGAGCUCAAGGCCUGCGCAGGCCUCAUCAAGCAGCUGAACCUGGAGUGGCUGCUGCCCGACACUGCGCUCGCCGUGGAAGGGUGCGAUGCCGCUGUUGCCGCCUGGCGCGACACCCAGUCCGCGGUGCAGGCUGAGGCCGGCACCCAUGGCGGCGAUGCCGCCUUGGAGCUCCAUCCCGUGCGCCAGAACGCGCUGCUUGCAGACAUUCUCCUCGAUGAUGACCACACGGAGGACCUGCACACCCAGGACAGUCUUGCCAUUGAAAAGCUUCGCGGCAACGGCGCCACGGAGUGGGACGACGCGACCUUCCAGCGCGACCGGCCCAUGUAUGUGCGCUUUUCCAACGACGACGAGGAAGAGCUGACGGAGGAAGAGAUUGAGAAACUCAACCGCCACCAGCAGAACGAGGCCUUCCGUAACGCGGUGGAAGCGUACAUCAGGCUUGCGCGCAACCGCCGCCUCAUCCACGAGCGGGAUGCCCGCCCGCUGCUGGAGGAGGCCGUGCGUAAGGCCCCCGGUGCCUGGCAGAGGCGGUUGCGGAGCUGCCUCGACAGAAACCACUGGGCUGCCGCGCUGCCAGUGUGUUUGAAGGCACGAAAGGCAUUCGAUGCUGCACGCGCACGCCAGCGCCUCGCCGCCUUCAACACGAAAUUCGCCCAAACCCUGCUCGGACAACUCCAGCGCAUGAAUCUCGAUGCUGCUCCCCAGGAGAAGCAGAAGGCGCCCAAGACAGCUCACUGCGUCCGCGUGUUUGCACGCGAGAUUGUUGGGGGCCAGAAGCGGCUGGACGCGGUGAAGGCGACGCUGGCUGAACUGCGAGACAUGGCCAAGAAGGCCCGCACUGCCCGCACAGAGAAGUCCAUUGGCGACUGGUUCUUCAAGGAGAAGCGCCUCUUUGAGUAUGAUGGCAAGCCCGUGGAGGAGACGCUGAUGUACGAGGAGGACGUGCUGGGCAUUUCAAAGCCGGCGCCCAACGCCAAGCAGGCCAUUGCCGACUUCAAGAAGCUGCGGUACCGCGAGCAGCUGCGGGAAUACCGGGCAGAGGCCGCCGUCAUUGCCAUGGAGAUGCACCUGCUGCGGCUCGACUGCCACCUUGAAGAGGAGGAGAGCCGUGCUGAAGCAGGCACAGCCAAUGAAGAGGACACCAUGAACCAUCACGACUAUGACCCGUGCGUCCUGUCCAAGACGGACCACCUCACGGUCGCUGUCACCAACGCCCUGCUGGACCUGAUUGAGGAGAUGUGUGACACGUCCUCAAAGCUGCAUGAGCACGUGCUCAAGCUGCACCCGCGUGUGCUCAGCGCCAUGCUGCAGCUGCACUUUGAGGAGGAUGCAAAGAAGGUCCUCAAGCUCCUCCAGGCAAAGUUUGAUGUGACCACGACCCUUGAGGGCCUGGAAUCCUCGCGCGACCUCGGCAUUCCGUCCACAACACUCAUUGACUUCCAGCUUCGGGCCAUGGGCCCUUACUUUCAGCGGCCCAAGGGCAACCCAGACGAGAGGUCUCCCUUCUUUGAUCCUGAUGACUGGCAGGUUGAGCUGCUGGAUGCAGUUGAUGCGCGUCGCAGUGCCCUCAUCUCUGCCCCCACCUCCAGCGGCAAGACAUUCAUCUCCUUCUACGCCAUGGAGAAGGUGCUCCGUGCCCGCGCUGACCUUGACGAUCCAAAGACCAAGGCCGACGCAGACAAGCAGGUCAUUGUCUACGUCUCGCCAACCAAGGCUCUCGUCAACCAGACUGUCGCAGAGAUUGAGGGGCGCUACAGCAAGAAGAUGCCGCGUGGCCAAGUACUAGCGACUGCCUUCACCAAGGAAUUUGGCAUGGAAGAGUACAAGAGCUGCCAAGUCCUUGUGACAGUGCCGGAGUGCCUCGAGCACCUGCUGCUGAUGGCCGGUGAUGAAGGCUGGAAGCAUCGCAUCAAGUGGGUCAUCCUCGAUGAGGUACACAGCGUGUCCCUGAACGAGGGCUUCUUCUGGGAGCGCCUGCUCACCCUGAUUGACUGCCCGUUCCUCGCCCUCUCCGCCACAAUUGGCAACACGGAGAGCUUCAUUUCGUGGCUGGAGGCCCUGGAGCGCGAGCGCCUUGCCCGUCGUGGCGGCGACGUCACCCAGCCGCUGGUGAAGAUCCGCCACCACCUCCGCUGGAAUGACCUGGACACGUGGUGCUACGACCUCGACAACAGCCGCAUGGUCACCGUGAACCCGCUGGGCGUGCUGUCCCCGGCCAAGCUUGUCCUUGACGGCUUUCCCUCGGGCUGCCGCCUGCUGCCGGAGCACGCGUACGAGCUGUGGUCCAUUGCCAGCGAUAUUAUGAAGCAGCGCGAGUCCCUGCCUGCUGCCACGCGUGCUCUGCUGCAGCCGCUUGAUCCCAGCGCGUGGUUUGUCAAGCACCAGCCGCUUGCUGGCGAUGCCGAGCACGGCCUGUGCGGGCGCGUGCGUGUUAAGUCGUAUGCGGAGUACGAGGAACAGCUCAAGGCGAAGCUGACCGACCUUGCGCGCGAGGAUCGGGAGCUGCUGGAGGAGCUUGCUGCCGAGGUUGGCGACCGCAUUGAGCGCCCCUCCCGCAACAUGCUUGCCGACCGCGACCUGCAGGACGGCGCGCACCUGCUGUCGUUCCUGCGCCACAUGUGCAACGGGCCGGCGAACCGGCUGCCUGCGCUGCUGUUCCACCUGGACAUGGCCGGCAUUGACCGCAUCCUCGAGUCGCUGCACUUCGCCCUCUGCCGCGAGCAGGACGAGCACUACUACCUGCACGACGUCGUUGGGGGCAGCCACUCCCGCCUGAACGAAGCGCACGCCAAGCACCUACAGGAAGCGCGCGAGGCGGUGGACAGGUACAUGCAUGAGCUGAAGGAGGCCGUGCAGCACAUCACGGACGAGAAGAAGAGGGAGGAGGAGCUGCAGGCGCGCAUUGAUAAGGAGACUGACCGGCAGUUGGAGCGCCUGUGGGGAGAGACGUACGAGGAAAUGAACCGCAAGUGGCUGGAGCGAACCAAGGCUGCGGCUGAGGCCAAGGCGCGCGCCUACAUCAACCAGCUGAUUGCAGAUGGGCAGCUGCCCAGGAACGAGGCCGCCAUGCGCCAGCAGCUGGAGGACGACCACGUGAGUGCAGAGGUUGAUCGCCUGUCUGCCGAGCGCAUGCGCCCCUUCUGCCUGUCAGAGCUGCCCGUGUCACUAGAGGACCUCGCGGACGCCUUCCCCAAGAGCAACAAGCAGAAGAUGCAACGCAAGCUGGAGUCGUCUCUGUUCCACCAGGCGCUUCGCCGCGGCAUUGGCAUCCACUACCCGGAGCUGACCAAGGACCGCCGCCAGGCCGUCGAGCGCCUCUUCCGCGACCGCAAGCUCGCCGUCGUCAUCUCAACAGACACCCUUGCUCUUGGCAUCAGCAUGCCGUGCCGCUCUGUUGUGUUCUUGGGUGACAACCCUGCUCUGGAUUCCCUCAACUACCACCAGAUGUCUGGUCGCGCUGGCCGUCGUGGACAUGACAUCCGUGGGCAUGUUGUGUUCUAUGGUAUUUCCAAGCACAAGAUCCGCCGCCUCCUCUCAUCCCCUCUCCGCCAGAUGUUCCCCAACAUCCCGCUCGACUCUUCCACUGCGGUGCGAGCCAUGGCGCGCUUCCAGGAAGCCAAGGGCACGCUGAAGGAGAAGGAAGGGCUGAGCCUGCGCCGCCUGCUGCUGGAGCCGUACGCAACGCAGGACGCCGAGCGCCAGGCCAUGCUGCCCGUGUACAUGCGCGCACAGCUUGAGACGCUGCUGCGCCUGAACCUGUUGACGUUUGACACCAACCCGAAGCUGCUUGCUUACCGGGAGGCUAAGGCGGAAGAGCGGCGGCGGCUUCGAGAAGAGGGCGAGGCCGAGGAGGCGGCACUGCUCGCUGCUGAACGAGCGAAGGAAGAGGAGGAGAAAGCAAAGGAGGAAGAGGCACAGGAGGGAGAGGAGGUGCCUGACGACUGGGAAGCCCUGCUUGGUGGCGAUGAGGACGAUGAAGAUGACAAAGACGACGACGACACUGCGGAGUCGUGGGAGGCACUCGCGAACGAAGCGGAGGAAGGCGGUGAGUCCGCGGCCGAGCCAGAUGCGGAUGACGCACAGAGGGUCGAUGCCGACGAGGAGGAGGAGGAGCUGGAGCUGGAGGAAGCGGCCGACCCCGACGCUCCCCUUGCUUUUGCUGGCCCUGUUGUUGGCCGCAUCGGCAGCAUGGUGAGCUACCUGGCCUGCCACGACCCCAACAACGUGUGGAUGGCGUACCUCGUGCGCACGGGGGCCCUCAGCCAGUUUCUGUCUCCAACAACGGAGGCGGAGCGCCUGACCCACGACGAGCGCAGCGAUCGGCUGGAGCUCUUCCGAGCGAUUUUGCUGAGCAUGCCGCAGCCUCGCGUGCACCCGACAGAGGUGCACCACACGAAGCGCAUGUUCCCGGAUGCGCAGGACGUGUACCUGGUGCAGCCUGCGCUGUCCGACGCCCUGCACCAAGCCGCAGUCAACUUCCGCGCCCAGGUCUUGGACACGUUUGCCAGCAUCCUGCGCCUGCACGGCCUGCGUAAGGCUCCUGCUGGCGCUGGCGUUGGGCUGCCGCUCUCCAAGGACAAGGGCCAGGUAGGCGGCAGCAAAGGCCUGCCGAGCGAUCUGCAGGAGCUGAAGGUCUGCGACCCUCUCCGCCUGCCCACUGCUGCUGUGUCUGGUCGCGGCUUCGGCUACGACAGCGUGCGGGAGCUGCUGCUUGAGAUCCAGCGCCUUCCGGGCCUCUCGGCCGACAUUGUGCCCAUUCCCGCGUGUGUGGACGAGCGCCAACCGCAUCUCCUUGGCAUCAUGUACGACAUCUACCGCCGCGGCGACCUCAAGACGCUGCUGCCACAGGCCAAGCUGCACGCCAACACUUUCUACUCAUCUGCUGCUCUUUUCCACCACAACGCAAAGGUGCUUGUGGAGGCGCUUCGUCGUCGUGCUACGCCAACCACUGCGGCGACGACCGAUGCUGCUGCAGAGGAGGAACCUGGCGAGGCCACAGAGGACGCCAGCCGCGCCGCCACCGCCGAGCCGGCGACGGAGGGUGCCCGCCUUGUGGGCGACCUCAGCACCGUCGUCAACGACUUUUACGGUGCCCUCGAGCGCGUUGGCCUCAUCUGGAUCUAAUCCAACUCCCGCCGCUGACUCUGUGUGUGUGUGUGUGUAGUAUGCUUUGUGUGUGUCGUGUGUGUGUGUGUGUGUGUGUGUGUUGCUUGUCUCUUCUGCUUUGUCUCCUUCUUCUCCGUCCUGUUCGUUUCAUUCACCUCCUUCUUCUUGUUCGUCUUUGUGGCUUGUUCGAUUGUGAGGACGUGUCAGUUGCAGUGAUCGUUGUGUGUGGCAUGAUGAUAUGACAGCAGCAGCAUGCCUCGAGCAAAGAAGCUGCCUGCUGGCUGGUGGUGUUUGUGUUUGUUUGAUCUGCCAAUACAGUGACAUUUCGUGGAAGA